AGAAAAUAAAAUACCACCCAUUGUGUGUUUUUCUGUGACAUUAGAGAGCUGUCAAUGUGAGCAGUAUAUUUUACAGUUGUUUAAAAAACUGCUGAGAAGGGCGGUUUCAGAGGUAACUAGGUAAACGGAAGUAGAAACGGUAGAUUAGUUGACCUAAACAUGGCGCCUUUGCUGGAUCACAAAAUUGGCGACGCUAUGUUAUCUUCUUUACCUUGGCGAUCAAAAUCUAAUCUCUUGACAUGUUCACUCGUUUUGCUUAUUUACCUGACGUCGCAUCCAUCCUUGGCCAAACCGAGCAGCCUCAAAGAGAUCACGGACGGAAACUGGGAAGACAUCUUGGCAGGGGAAUGGAUGAUUGAAUUUUUUGCCCCGUGGUGCCCGGCGUGCCAACAGCUCCAGCCCGUGUGGAAUGAGUUUGCCGACUGGGGUGAGGACAUGGGCGUCAACAUAGCGAAGGUGGACGUUACUGAACAGCCUGGUUUGAGCGGGCGAUUCAUCAUCACUUCACUUCCGACCAUCUACCACUGUAAGGAUGGUGUGUUCAGGAGGUACCAGGGGGCUCGCACCAAAGAUGACUUGCUAAGCUUUAUUGAUGAGAAGAAAUGGCAGGGCAUUGAGCCCGUGUCUUCCUGGUUUGGACCAUCUUCCUUCAUGAUGAACACAAUGUCCGCUCUCUUCAAGCUGUCAAUGUUCAUUCGGCGUUGCCAUAACUACCUGAUAGAGCAUUUGGGGAUUCCAGUGUGGGGCUCAUAUGUCAUCUUUGGACUGGCCACUCUCUUCUCUGGCCUAGUCCUGGGACUGAUACUGGUGUUCAUUGCAGAUUUUGUCUUCCCAUCACGACGAUUUAACUCCCCAAACUACUACCAGAAGAAACAGACAAUGGAACAAGCCAGGCUGAUUCAGCAGCUGGAGGAGGAGCAGGAGGCGGACGGAGAAGAGGAUGAUGAGGACGAUGAAGAUGGAGAACAGGACGAUGUCUGGAGGAGGAGGAGAGCGUCUCCCGAGGGGCGUCCAGAGGAGGUGCUGCGAAAAAGGGUGGUGGGCAACCGCGAGGACCAGGAUGAGGACUCCUAGAGGCCUGGAGGGGAACUGAAGAUGCCCCUUCAAACAGCGAGGAAGGGGAGGGGGCCUAAGCUCAUUUUUAUAAAGUGCCUCAGAAUAGGAGUUCUGAUCUAGGAUUUUUAGAUCAUGAUAACUAAGAUGACAUGGACAGGUAGAACUGAUCCCAGAUCAGCACUCCCAUUCUGCGGUGCUUUAUGAACACGGGACCUGGUCCUGAGCAGCAGUAGAGUUUACAGCUUACAGAGCCAUAGCAACACGCUGGCAACGCCUCGGCGACGCCUUGCUUCUUCUCCCUUCAGCUUCAGCAGGAGUGCCCCGUAUUCUGACCGCUCUGCUCUCACCACCAGCACCCUCCCCUGGACUGGAGGUGCUACUGCACACGCCCAACAGCAUUAUCAUGUUCUUUAGGCAUCAAAUGAAGGUAAACAGACUGGAACAGGAAGGGUUUUAUCCAUGUCCAAUAUGAAAUUCUCCUUUUUCAUUCUCCGUUGGUAAACAU